AUGCCUGCCUUGUUACAGCACAACAAUGGCUUCUAUGGGCACUACAGAGGCCAAAUCAAGAGUGAAAGUGCUCGAGAAUACCGCCUUGCAGCCAAGCCCCAGCCUCCAGCAGUGUUCCUGCAACGAUGCAAGGAGCCAGCACAGCAACACUUCUUCUCCAAACAUGACAACCGCACUUCCUUCGACAAAGGCCCCUACUGCCUGCUACAGGGAAUCGGAAGACGGAAAGACAUGGAGCGUCUGUGGCAGCGGCACACCUUCCUGCACUGGGCACCCUGUGAGCUGGAGUUGCGCCAGCAGCGGCCCCUCAAAUCAUCCUACCAGGCCGAUUUCCGGUCAGGCCCAGGAUUCAGUGACCUCCCCCAGCGCCUUGUCCACUUUGUGCAGGUCCAGCCUCCCCGUGCCAGCACCACCUAUCAGCAGAACUUCUGCCAGCCAUCCCGGGGUGGCCAUUGUGGCAGCGACAACGUGGGGCCCCAGGCCCCGGUCACCGACACACUGCCUGAACUCCCGGGGAUCCCAAGACCCAAGGUGCUGCAGCAUUACCUUCAUGCUGGGGUCUCUGAGUGUCUAAACUGGUCCAGAGCAUUAAACAAGGACAGCUGA